GAGCAGGAGACAGACAGGACAGGAUGGAUUUAUAUAAAGAGAGAGAGUCAGAGAGCACAUGGUCACAUGCGCUGAGACAGAGCUGUCCAUGAGAAGCUGGCGUUGAAGCAGAAGCACCUCCCGAAGAUCCACACAGAUGGACACUUGAUUUCGAGUUUUAUUUCUUGUUUUGACACAAAGUAUUACUAUUUCAAUUCAGUUCUGAUUUGUGUGACGUGUUUGUGAAGGGUUUGUGUUGAGCAGACGUGGAGUGAUGGCAUUCAUGGUGAAACAUAUGAUAGGGGGACAGCUGAAGGAUCUCACUGGGGGUCUCAAAGAAGAGAAAGUCGAAGGGGAGAAGUCUGAGGCCACGGCUAAGGGGAUGACACAGGAGGAGUUUGAGGAGUAUCAGCAGCAGCUGGCAGAGGAGAAGCUGGAGCGAGAAGCCAGCUUUGCACAGAAGAAUGCGGAGAGAGCCACAGUUAGGAGCCACUUUAGGGAAAAAUACAGGCUGCCCAAGAGUGAGCUGGAUGAAAUACAAAUCCAGGCAGCGGGCAAGGAUGUGGAGCUGCCCUCAGAGCUGGCUAAGAUGAUCGCAGAAGACAACCAAGAAGAAGAGCACAAACAGUCUGUCCUGGGUCAGCUCAGCAGCUUACAGGAUGUUGAUAUCAACCAGCUGAAGGACAAAGUGCAGGCCACAUUCGGAGACCUCAAAGAAACAGCAGAAAAAUGUGAAGUCAUGUGAUGGAGGUGCUUAUACACAUUAAAUCUCAGGAUGAGAGAGCUAAUCUGAGAUAUUUAUAUUAGCUCAUCUAAUAAUAAUAACUUAUUUAAGCUUAAAAAGCACA